AAAAUUUUAAGUGAAACCAUGACACUAAAUAUUUUAUAUCCAGAUUGCUAACAUUUUGUUAGAAAAAUGACAAAGCGAAAACAGAUUAGUGGAGAUGCAACAUGGAUGGUGGACAAAGCACGAUCAUAUAUCGCAAAAAACAAUAUCUAUGCAGCUAAGUCAUGGCUACUGACCGCAAAAUCACUGUUUCCUGCUGAUUUCUCUAUACAGUAUGAAGAAUUCAUCAUGGAAAGGAAAGCUGGUAAAGUACAAAAAUGUGGUAAAUUAUUUUAUGACAUGAUGAAUAUAUUUUCCAAACAACAAAUAUUAUGGGAAGAACUGGCAAGGAUAUUCCAUGCUCAAGAUUCCACAAGAGCUCAAAAUGCUGAAAAUAAGUUUUUGAAAGAAAUGUUUGAUUCUCUUCCACAAAGCUAUCAAAAGGAACUCUUAUUGAAGUAUGCUAACCAUCAAAGUGAUUUAAUUAAUAAGUGUCGAAUUUCACUCCUGGUUUUAAAAAGGUUUAAAGGUGCAAUUAGAGAUCAAGCGGUGAAAUUAAUUACAACUUUAAAAGCUGUUGAAGAUAAGGAAUGUCCAAAUAAUCCAUUAAACAUAUACAGAAAAAUGAUAGUCUGUGACAUACUUCCACUUAUUUUAAAAAGUUCUGAAACACAGAUGGUGACACAAGUUCCUAAAAACAAGAGUCAAACGUUAUUUGUCACCGAAGAGCAAUUAAUUUAUUACCUAAACCUGGCCAUGGAGUUUUUUGUUAUAUACGCCAUUGAUAAAUAUUCUAUGAAAAGUGCAAGCAACCAAACUUUGACUUCAGAUAUAGCUGCAUUUGAGUUAGAUGAGACAAUCUCCAGCUGGCAUUUGUUACAUGAAAAUUUGGUGUUGUUUGCUAGCAAAUUGAAUUGGACAAAUGUAAAUAAAUUUAAAGAUAAAGUGGACCCUGCUAAAAAUAGACCUUUAAAGAGUCGUUGGAAGUCAUUGUAUAAUGCAAGAGAUAGCAAGCCAUCGCUGGGUGUUUUUUAUUCAAUGUUGCAAUUACACAUAUACACAGUGUUGGAGUAUUGUUCAUCCAUAAACACAGCUUCUAAUAAAAUUACCAGUCCUCGGGCUGAUCAACCCGAAAAUGAAUUCAUACUAGUUGAGAAUAUUGAUUCUAUGACACAAAAGGAGGAGAGUACACACCAAACCGUUAUCAGAACACCAAAAAAGAAAAAGAAGUCAGAUGAUUCUGGGAAGGAAUCAUCCGACUAUCUUUCAUCAUCAGAAGAUGUUGUUGUUAUCGUUCACCCAGGUUUGAUUGGACAGGUUAGUGAAGGACUUGGUGAAUGUUUACAAGUUGCAAUCGAUGCACAAAACUUUUUAAAAUCAACUUUUUAUACAGAAUAUCGACAGAUUUCCGAAGAUUGGGGAAUAGACAAUUGGAUAUGGAUGACAACAUUUCAUGUUGAUGCAUUAUUGUAUCAGGGAAAAUACAAAGCUGCUAUCGAAAAAAUAUCUGCAAAAGAAAAUCAUAUGUCGGAAGACCUGCAAUUGUGUUCUUUAAAAAGAUCUCUACAGCUGUCAUCUUCUUUAUUUUGCGCUGGUCAAAGAAAGGCUGCAUGUGAGAAAGCUUUACAUACUGUUUCAUUAUUAUCUUCAUCAUCACUUGUCACAUCAAGUGUAGAUCAGAAGAAAGUAACCAAACCGGAAGGGCGCAGUCUGUUAUUGCUAUCAAGCAGUUCGAACGAUAUUCUCACUUAUGCUGUUCAAAUAACAUUCGCUGCUCUCAAGACUCGAUUAUACUGCGAGGACGCACACAGAGAUUCAGUGAUUGGUCAUUUAAUAGUUUUGUCUCAGUUGAUGUGGAAAACGAAUGAAGAUUUCUUUCUACAUUUAAUCAAGUUAAUUCAAGCACAAGAUGGUGGCUUCAAAUACGAGUUGUUCUUUGCCUAUGUUACACAAAUAGAUAUUUUGGAGGAGUUUGCAUUUUUACAUUCUAUUGAUUCGAUUCCAUUAGAAUUAUCACCUAAAGAUUCUUCCAGUAUCAAGAAAAAUAUCACUCGUGGUGUAAACAGGGAUGUGCAGUCAGACUUUAAAUCUUCGAUUGAACGACAAGUGCAACGAAGCAAUGAACCCGUCACGCAAAUUAUUUACGAUUUUUUGCGCAACGAAAAAGAAGCAAUAUUGAGCGCUCUGUAAUAUGUGAUAUAAAAUAUACUUCAAGACGAUGGCUAACUAUAUGCGCUGUGUUGGUCAAAUAUACAGAAAGAUUUAUGUGCAGAACAUUGUGCUAAGAUACAUAAUACGUUGUUAAUGUUUAUAAUAAUUUUAGUGUUUAUGUCUGACCCCAUAGCUGUAGUAAUUUUAACACUUAAAUAGUGAUCGCGUCGCGA